AGGUAUAAAACGUCCACUAAAUAUGUCUGCAGGUUGUGUGAGGUGGGUGCUAAGCCACAUGGUGCGGGCUGCCUGUGGUGGCAGUCCUGGCCACUGGACACUGGCAUCGAGGUUUCUCAAAUACAGCGAAAGAUCAGCUAUCACUGCUGUCUCCUGGAGAUGGUCUCCAUUCUCCACAGUAGUAGAUGAUGCAGAACAGACGCCUGCACCCAAGAAGAAAAAGCAGGAUCCCCAAGCUCGUGCCACAGUCAGCAGCAUUGGCCGUAAGAUCCCACAUCGUCACAUAGAGGUGAUAGGUGAGACAGGCGAAAACCUAGGCACCAUGCACCGUGCAGAUGUGAUCAAAAUUAUGGACGAGCAGGGUCUAAAACUGGUGCUGCUCUGCGAACACAAAGACCCUCCCGUCUAUCGGCUCAUGAGCGGAAAACAAAUCCAUGAAGAGCAGCUGAAAUUACGGGAGAAGCAGAAAGCAAAAGCAGCUCCUGUGCAGGUGAAGGAGCUCACCUUUUCAUCUGGCAUUGCAUCUCAUGAUCUCACCACCAAAGUGAAACAAGUGGAGAACUGGGUGGAGAAGAAGCACCACGUCAGGAUUACUCUGCAGUUACGACGUGGACAACCUGCAGUCGACCUGGUCACAACUCUAGAGCAGAUAGUGCAAAAGAUGGAAGUAAUGGUGGGAUUUGUUUCCACGCCAAAGGCCAUACGUGAUGGUAAAGCAGCCACAUGCGUCAUCAGACCGCCGUCAGCAAAGGAACUGUCACAAAAAGAGAAGAAUAAGACCGCAGUGUCGCAGUCUGCAGACUCCACUUCGAAGUCCACUGAGAGCAACGCAUCCCCUGUUACCCAUAAAUUCAAAGAGGAGUAA